AGCACCACAUCGUGGAGAAAUUGGUGGAGGUGCCCCAGCUGGCGUACGUGGAGAAGAUAGUCGAGGUGCCUCAGAUCCACACGCAGGAGGUGAUCCGCACGGUCCCGAAAGUGGAGGUGCACGAGAUCAUCAAGGAGGUGCCCAAGGUGCACAUGCAGUACCAGGAGAGGAUCGUGGAGGUGCCUCAGGUGCAUUACCAGGAGCGCGUCGUGGAGGUGCCGCGCGUGGAGGUGCAGGAGAUUGUCAAACACGUCGCCAAGCCGGAAUUUCAUACGGUGGACAAGUUCGUCGAGGUGCCCCACGUGCAGUACGUCGAGAAGGUGGUUGAGGUGCCCGAGGUGCACCUGCAGGAGCGCGUGGUGGAGGUGCCUUGCGUCCAGUACCAGGAGGUCCUGAAGCAGGU